CAGCGCCCCGCGGCCUGAAGGGUGCGUGCGAGCCGCGCGAGCGUUCGGAUCCUGCAGGUCGCUCGGCCGCCCGGGAGUGCCCGGGGACCCGCGCUGGGCCCCUGGGCGGAAGGUCCAGGUGGCUUGGAGGUCACAGUCCGUGGGGACAGGGCAAGGAGCGGGGAUUUCCUGCUGCGCCCCGUCGCCCCCACUGGGACUCGCAGGAGGGCGCCUGGGUGGAGGGACCGGUGCCUGCGCCCGCUGCCGGGAGCACCCGAGACAGGGCGCGUCUGCGAUCGGAGGCACCCAGGACCGCGGCACUCCCGGCCCUACCAGAGCCUGGCUGCCGCCUUCACAACCACUUUUCCUUUCUUACUUUCUGUUCCUUUUUUCUCUUUGUAGCCCUCUCUCCUUGCUGGGUCUCUAUCCUGCACCCCCCGCCCAUCCCUCCUCUCAUCCCCCCGCGGCGGCGUGUCUCCUUCCAGGUUUCACGUUGUGCGGGAUCGCGCUUCUCACCGGCUUUCGGAACUCGGCCUCCGCAGCCUAGACCCCGACUGAAGAAGGGGACGUCUCUUGGGAGAGAAACCAUUUGAAUCAGAAUCCUAAGCAUGUAUCGUGGAGCAUUAUCCUUGAUACUCUGGGCAUUUAUGUUUAUAAACACCUCAGAAGACUGUACUUCACGUUCUCACAUCACUGCAGUUGAAGGUGAACCUUUCUAUCUGAAACAUUGCCCCUUUGUACCUGUGCGUGAGAAUGAAACCACCCCCACACAAUGGUGGUAUAGAAGCAACGGAUCACACGAACACGUUGAGCUAAACCCAGCAAGUUCACCCAGAAUCACUUUGUGGAAUUAUGUUUUGGAGUUUUGGCCACUUGAGUUAGACGACGGGGGAGAGUACUUUUUCCAAAAGGGAAACGAUAGUCGGGGAUGGCAAUUAAACAUAAUCAGAAGAGAUAAACACAGCUGUUUUACUGAAAAAGAAGUAACUAGUAAAACUGUGGAAGUUAAAAAGGCUUUGGAAAUAACCUGUGAAAAUAGGCACUAUCAAAACCGGAUCAACAGCACAUCAUUGUAUAAGAACUGUGAAAAGCUACUUGAGAACAAUAUAAAGAAGAAUGCCGUGUUUGAAGAUCAGGGGUUUUAUUCCUGUGUGUUUUUCCUUCAUCAUAAUGGAAAGCUAUUUAACAUCACCAAAACUUACAAUAUAACAAUAGGUAAAGAUUCCAAUUAUGUAGCUCCAAUUCUUCUUGGACCAAAGCUUGAGUAUGUUCCCGUGGAACUAGGAAAAGAAGUGCAACUCAACUGCUCUGCUUUGCUGAAUAAAAAUGAUGCACUUUAUUGGAUCUUCAAAAAAGAUAAUGAACCAGAUCCUAAUAUACACGAAGGGAAAGAAAUGAGGACUAGGACUUCAGAAGGCAAAUUUCAUUCUUCAAGAAUAUUGCAAAUUACGAAUAUUAGCAAAAAUAAUCUAAAUUUUCCAUAUAAUUGCACUGUGACCAGCAGUGGAGGCAAAGAUACCAACAGCAUCAUCUUGGUGGAAAAAGACAUGGCUGAUAUCCCAGGUCAUGUCUUCACGAGGGUUAUGAUCAUGGCCUUUUUGAUCCUGGUGGUGGUGGUGAGCCUGGUGAUUGUUGGUGUCAUUUAUAGAGUUGACUUGGUUUUGUUUUAUAGACAUUUAAUGGGAAGAGAUGAAACAUUAACAGAUGGAAAGACGUAUGAUGCUUUUGUGUCUUACCUAAAAGAAUGUCGCCCCGAAAAUGGAGAGGAGUACACCUUUGCUGUGGAGAUUUUGCCCAGGGUGUUGGAAAAACAUUUUGGGUAUAAGUUAUGCAUAUUCGAAAGGGAUGUAAUGCCUGGAGGAGCUGUUGUUGAUGAAAUCCAUUCACUGAUAGAGAAGAGCCGAAGGUUAAUCAUUGUCCUAAGUAAAAGUUAUAUGUCUAAUGAAGUCAGGUAUGAACUUGAAAGUGGAUUCCAUGAAGCCUUGGUGGAAAGGAAAAUUAAAAUAAUCUUAAUUGAAUUUACUCCUUUUAAAGACUUUACAUUUUUACCCCAAUCACUAAUGCUUUUGAAAUCUCACAGAGUUCUGAAGUGGAAGGCUGAAGAAUCUCUUUCUUACAACUCAAGGUUCUGGAAAAAUCUUCUUUAUUUAAUGCCUGCAAAAACAGUCAAGCCAGGUAGAGAUGAAUCUGAAAUCUUGCCUAUUCUUUCAAAACCUUGAUCUUCAGAAAAAGUGAUGCCAAUAGAAUACCAGAUAGUCUGAGAUUGAGUGUAAGAGCCUGCCCACAACAAAGACCAUUAUUCAAAAUAUUUAUCCAAAUUCUACUCAGAGUUUGAAGAUUAAACGUGUCAUUGGGUUGUCGGGAAGAAGAUUAAAUGUUGAGCUGUGGCCACCUGCUCCUGGAAGAUCCUGGAAUUCAGUAGAAAGGGAUCUCCUCCUUUUCUCUUUUCCAUACCUGGAUGCAGCUGUUCAUACUUAAUCCCAUACUCAGCACACGUGAGACUGGACACUCUGCAAAGUAACUGAUGCCCUACAAAAAACCGCACAACGUGAAGAGUUUUUAACGCUGGUGAUUAAUUUGAACUGAAGGAUUUUAAGGUUAUGAAGAGGGGUUUUCUUUGAACCAGUGGGUGACAGAGUAACUGGAAUGCUGCUUUCACUUCCCUAUACCACUGUGAUCUGGUGAGAUGUGGGAGGAGAGAGCUAGCAGGGGUGCCUGGAGGGGGGCCUACUGUCAGCCAGGCCUCAGCCUUACCCACAGCUGCAGGCCAGCAGUUCUUGGAACUCCAGUAAGGCGCUGCAGCACGGAGCCUGCUUAUUUGGACCAAUUUAAGGGAACUUCUUUUUUUUUUUUUUUGUAGAGACAGAGUCUCACUGUACCGCCCUCGGGUAGAGUGCCGUGGCGUCAUACGGCUCACAGCAACCUCUAACUCUUGGGCUCACGUGAUUCUCUUGCCUCAGCCUCCCGAGCAGCUGGGACUACAGGCGCCCGCCACAACGCCCGGCUAUUUUUUUUUGUUGUUGUUGUUGCAGUUUGGCCGGGGCUGUGUUUGAACCCACCACCCUCGGCAUAUGGGGCCAGCACCCUACUCACUGAGCCACAGGAGGGACCCCCAAGUGCCUCAUCUUUAAUAAGAGAAACAAAUUUCAAUUCAGACAGUUCUCUGCGUCUUUCACUUUUAAUGGUCCAAAACAUUAGUUAACUUUGUCAAAAUAGUUAUAUCUAGAAUGGUGUCACAUCAUGCUAGCUAUUAAAUUGCAAAAGCAUAAAAAUGACCGUUAAUGCUUGGUUUUAAAAAAUCCCAUGUUUAGACCAGUGGGCAUGGUAGCUUACUCCUAUUAAUUCUAGCACUCUGGGAGGCCAAGGCAGGAGAAUUACUGAGGUCAGAAGUUUCAGACCAGCCAGAACAAAAGGGAGGGCCCAUCUCUACAAAAAAUAGAAAAAAGAUUAGUUGGGUGUGGCAAUGCACACCUAUAGUCCUGGAAGGAGGCUGAGGCAGGAGGAUUGCUUGAGCCCAAGAGUUUGAGAUUGCAGUGAGCUAUAUGAUGCCACUCUAGUCUAGCCUCAGUGAUAGAGCAAGACUGUCUUAAAAAAAAAAAAAAAUCAUGUUGUUUAAAAUACCCGUAGUAUAGAGGCAGCAUUAUGGUGGUUAAGAGUGUGGGCUACACAGCCUAACCUGAGCUCCAAUCCAGACUCUGCUAUUUAAUUGUGACCCCUGGAACUUUACCCAACCUCUUAUGCCUCAGUUUCCUCAUCUGUAAAAAGAUACUUUGUAAUAAUUGUACCUACCUCACAGGGGUACUAAAUGAAUGAAUAUAAGUAGAGUACUUACCAUAGUUCUUGGUAAUCUGUAAGUGUUGCCAUUACUAUUGUUAUUAUUACCCUUAUUAAUUAUUACUUAGAUCAGUGAUUCAGCAGUGGACCAAAUGGAAACUAAAAGCAGAAAAGGUAGCAGAUCUAGAGACCAAGGUGGUCUUGAGGACAUUUGCAUAAGUAGAGAAGCACAUAGGAGAAGUGUAGGGAGAGGCAGAAACUAUUUCUCCAUUAGACAUCUGCUACUUUUAAUGAUGGCAGAAGAUGACUGUCUCCCUAAGGUGAGCUCAGCACUGUGAGUCGUCUUCAUAGCCUCAAACAUCAUGGCAAUCCAUGGAGAUCACUGAGUAUGAAACUCUCAGGUUAGGAGGCUGGUUAGACCAUAUGGGAACAGCAUGAAUGUUCUAGAAAAGUUUAAAGCAGAGAAUUUAAAACAGAUGGCAUAGAGAUUACUGUAAAUCAAAGAAUAAUAAGAUUUUCUGUGCGAGAAAGUGAUUUUAAUUUUUGUAAAACUUAUGAUUUCGUGUGCCAACAGGCUGGCUAAAAAGAAUUUAAUAAUUUAUGUUUUGUAUGUGGAAAGAUAGUAGCAAAAAAAUAUAAUCAAAAGAAAUGUUAUUGCUAUAACCAUAAUCUGUAAUAGGUAGAUCGAUUUUGCUUUUUUAUUACAUAUGCUUUAAAACACAUGAAAAGUGUUUUGUAUUAAAUACAUUUGUGUUAAAGUUGUUAAAGGUAUACAUUAGAUGUAUGCUUUAGAAUACCUGAAAUACACAGAAAUACAUCAAUGAACCAUU